AAUGAGGAGGAGCAGUAGAAAUACUCGUAGGGGCAGGAGGGGGCAGCCCACCAAAGGCAAGGCAACACAGCUCGCGUCUCCAAAACCUCGAGAAUCGGGCCAUAGUCCAUCCGUUUUCACUUCUCUCGAGAUUUUCUCUUUUCCUACUUUUUGUACUUUAACUACCUUUCAUUUUGUGUAUUUUUUUAAUUUUUAUUUUAAAAGCACACUACUCUCGGUUGUCUCCAUUGAAAAAAGCCAAGGAAGGAACUGGAAAUCCCCAUGGUGGGAGUGGAAGGUGUCAAGCUGCUGUUGCUGAGAUAUGAUUAAGCGUUAUCUUGGGUUUGGCGGACUUUUCAUCAAAAACCCCAGGGAAUUUAGAACAUUGCCUAGGGUUUUUGUGAGAAGACUAUUUUUUUUGGUUGGAGGGUGAGUUUUUCAUGGGUUGAAUUGGUGACUUAAUGAUGGGGAGUUUAAGUGAAGAAGAAGAUCAAUUUUUUGACACCCGUGAGGACAUCACUUCUGUAUCUGAUCUAGGAUCCGAUUGCCCCGACAACUCUGAUUCCGAGCUUGUUGCAUCCACUAAUUCUAUGCCAGCUAAUUUUGGAUUUGAAGUUUGGAUUAAAAACCUCAGUAGCAUUCGUGAACGGCGUAGUAAAUUUCUAAAAUGGAUGGAUUUAAAUGUAGAUCAGACUGCUAGGGAAAGCCCCUCGAACAUGUGUUGCGAUGAAAUUGAAGUGGAGACUGAUAGAAUUAUGGAGGAGAGUGGAGCGGUCUUAGGAUCAUCAACUUUUGAUGAUGAUUUUUCAUCAAGUCAGUCUUCCAUGUCUUGUUGGUCAAAUGAUGUCAGGGAGUUGUUAGAUGGGGCGUUUGAUGAUAAUUUUGUCUGUAGGAUUAAGAAUUUGGAUGAUGGGACAGAGUUCAUUGUGGAUGAACUUAGUCAGGAUGGUAUGUUGAAGGGAUUGCGGGAAGUUGGUUCCAAUAAUUUGCUUACCAUUGACGAGUUUGAAAGGAAGCUUGGCUUAUCCCCUCUAAUUCAACAAGCUAUGCGCCGGGAAGUCAAAGAACUUUCUGAUUUAGGGCCACAAAGAAAGCAGGGUAAAAGAGGAUGGCUUAGGCGAUUAGGUGCUGUUGCUUGCAUUGUUGAUAGGCAGGUUGAAGCUGCUCGUAUGAUAUCCAGUGAUUGUUGUCCAAAUGCUGAGGCUAGGAUUCAAAUGGUUCGAGUUAGAUCUUACAAGAAGCGGUCGAAGGAGUUCUCAGCUCUUUACAUGAGACAAGAUAUCCAAGCCCAUAAGGGGGCAAUCUCAACUAUGAAAUUUAGCGCUGAUGGUCAGUAUCUAGCAAGUGCGGGCGGAGAUGGUGUUGUGCGUGUGUGGCAAAUUAUGGAGUCUGAAAGAUCAGGGAAUUCUGACAUUCAUGAUGCCAAUCCUUCAUAUGUCUACUUCCAAGUAAAUAGCUUUUCUGAGUUAGUUCCUCUUCAUGCAAACAAAGAGAAAAAAGAAAGAUUGACAAGUCUGAAGAAAAAUUCGGAUUCAAUCUGUGUCAUUUUCCCUCAGAAAGUUUUUCAACUUUUGGAUAAACCUAUCCAUGAGUUCCGUGGGCAUUGUGGUGAGGUCCUGGACCUCUCAUGGUCAAAGAAUAAGCAUAUUCUAUCAUCCUCUGUUGACAAGACAGUACGAUUGUGGCAAGUCGGAUAUGAAGAAUGCCUAAAAGUAUUUUCUCACAAUAAUUAUGUAACAUGCGUUCAGUUUAAUCCAGUGGAUGAUGAUUACUUCAUAAGUGGUUCCUUAGAUGGGAAAGUGCGUAUCUGGGCAAUUCCUGGUCGUCAAGUUGUUGAUUGGACUGACUUGACAGAUAUUGUUACAGCUGUGUGUUAUCGUCCCAAUGGAAAGGGUGCAGUUGUUGGCUCAAUGAAUGGCGAUUGCCACUUUUAUGAUGCAUCAGAUAACUGUCUGCAACUUAAUGUUCGAAUAUGCAUACAGAGUAAGAAGAAGCCACCAUGCAGUAGAAUAACUGGACUUCAGUUUUCUCCUGGGGACCCUGAUAUAUUGAUGGUCAGUUCUGCUGAUUCACAAGUUCGAAUCCUCAAUGGUAUUGACAUGGUAUGCAAAUUUCGAGGUCUGCACAAUGCAGGGAGCCAGAUAUCUGCGGUAUUCACCUCAGAUGGAAUGCGGAUUGUUUCAGCAAGUGAGGAUUCUAAUGUCUAUGUGUGGAACUAUAUUAACCAGGAUGGGCCAGUGUCCCACUCAAAGAAGAAUCGGUCUUGUGAACGUUUUUUCUCAAAUAAUGCAUCAGUUGCGAUACCUUGGUGUGGGAUAACAUGUAGAAACUCUAUUUUCCCAAAUAUGUCGGGAACUUCACCAUCACCCAAAGAUUUGUCUAGUAGAUGGUGUAAUGAGAAUACUGGGGUGUUGCAAUCUGAGUUGGGUGAUAGCUCUCAACACAAAUUGCCCUUCUCUUCUUCUGAACGUUUCUCGCUGGGCCAUGGAUUUUUUUCCGAGUCGUUGCUCAAGGGUACUGCAACCUGGCCAGAGGAAAAGCUCCCGCAUCCGGACUCCUUUGUUGUAUCUUCUGCAAUGUGUAAAUCUCAGUACAAGUUGCUGAAGACAUCUUGCCAGAGUGCUCUUGGUUCUUCUCAUGCAUGGGGCCUUGUAAUUGUAACAGGUGGCUAUGAUGGACGAAUCAGAUCAUUCCAAAAUUAUGGAUUACCUGUCCAGCGUUAACUUAUGGAGAUGACUUUGAAGUUUUUCUGUUUGAUUUUGACAAAGAAUUACGCCACUCAUAUUGAAGCUUUUCUCGUCCGGAUCUGGGUUAAAACUGAUUGGUGCUUGGUUGAUUCCCCAUUUGCGGAUGAUUGGAUUGGCGUUACAUCCACGGUGAUAUCAGGAUCUGGUGUUGAGCACUGUAUCUGAUGUCAAGGCAAUAUUUGCUUAGCAGCCCAACCAAAGUUGACAGGUUUGUUACAGUGGACUCAAAUCAAAGUUAUAAUCAACAUUCUAUUCCUGUACUUGAGCACAGCCGGAUGUCAGGAUAUGGGCGGUUGAAUUAAAAUGGAUCACAUAUUCUUUGAUUUGUUGAAGUGAAAAUCCGAUUGACAGGGUCAUGCCAAGGAGUCCCAUUUCAAGUAUUGUAUAUUGAGAUUGGUUUGGUGGGAUCAUUUCCGGAGGAGAAAAGGUGAAACUGGUGGACAGGAGUUACUUCUGAACAGAACUAGUGGGACUUGGGUGAAUAAUUGAAGGGCCGUGGUGGUGCAUUAACAGAAAUUUGGACCAUUCUGGCGGCUGCUUUGCAUUGUCUUUAAGUGGUAGGGGUCAUUAUCAAAUUGACUGGUUGGUAAAGUUGUUGCAGUGCCAUGACACGGUGGACUUGGUGUAAACAAAUGGGUUGUUAUGGUGCAUGGUAAAUCUUAUUCAUAUAAGCUUUGUAUUUAAAAUUUUUUAUUACCUAAUUUGCAAGGGUUGAUUAUAGGGCAUUGAGAGGAUCUGAUGUAGCAUUGCAAGUGUAGUGAAAGAAAAGAAAUUACAGUUAAUUGAGUUAAAUUUGAACGAGAAAUCUACUUUCAAA